UGUCUGGCAACAUGAAAUAUUUCCAUGGGUUGAUAGUAAAUGGUUGCAUUGAGCGCGAGAUUGUUGAAUAUGUCUUGGCUCAGUUUCAACUCAUGGCUGAGAGAGUUGCAAUCUUCCUAUGGCAUGAUCGACUUGGAGACUCUCGACUCUUCAAGCUAGCACAUCUACUCAUGAAGAUCAUUCCAAUUGAACUGGAGGUGAUGCAAAUAUGCUAUACAAAUUUGAAAGCUUCACCAUCAGUAGAAGUUAGACGCUUUAUUAAGAAACUCCUUGAGUUCUCUCCAGAAGUUCUGAGAGAAUAUCUGAUUCAUCUACAAGAGCACAUGGUAACUGUUAUUACCGCAAGCACUUCAGGGGCUCGAAACAUUCAUGUCAUGAUAGAGUUCCUAUUAAUUAUUGUUACUGAUAUGCCCAAGGACUUUAUUCAUCAUAGCAAAUUGUUUGAUCUUUUGGCACGUGUUGGAGCACUCAUCAGGAAGGUAUCAACUCUUGUUCGCGACUUAGAAAAGCAAUCAAGGAAUAAACAGAGUACAAAUGGAACAAAUCGUGCAGCUCUAGACUUGCUGGAAAAUAUUGAACUCCUCAAGGAAGAUCUCAAAUGUGUUUAUCUGAAAGCCCCGGGCUCAUAUCAAUGUUGCUUCCCCAUGAAUGAUGGACCGCUCUUCAUGCAUCUUCUACUCAUCCACUUGAAUGAUCUGCUAGAUUCCAAUGCUUAUUCAAUUGCUUUGAUCUGGACACAUGUUUUAGAUGUGGCAUAUGUGGCUAAAGAUGUCAUAGAUUCAAUUAUCAUAAGAGAUAAUGGUCUUUUACAUCUUAUUUUCUCACUUCCCAUUACCCUAAAAAAGAUCAGCCUUAUUAAAGAAGAUCUCUCCCAAUUACCGGAGAAGAUUCCCAAGAACAAGAGCCUCAUUGUUGUAAACUCUCCCAAGAAUCCAGUUGAAAGAAAAUCAUUGACAACUGGUAAAAUAAUUGUAGGUUUUAAGGAGGAGACAAACUGGUUAAUUAGUAAGCUCACCAGUGGACCGAAAGAUGUUGAUGUCAUCUCAAUCACUGGUAUGCCGGGUUCGGGCAAAACUACUUUGGCGUACAAAGUAUACAAUGAUGAAUCA